AUGUCAGACUCUGCGUCACCUACAGCUCGCAUUGCGAUUGUCACAGGGGCUGCUCAAGGACUGGGUUUGGCUAUCGCAUUGCGUCUAGCGGAUGACGGCCUCGACGUCGCCGUGAACGAUAUAGAGUCAAAGAGCCAACAGCUCGCGAAGGUUGCUUCCGAUGUUCAGGCAAAGGGCAGGCGAGCUCUUGCGGUUCCUGCCGACGUUUCUCGUGAAGAGCAAGUGGUGGGCAUGAUUGCGACAGUCGUCAAGACAUUGGGCGGUGUCGACGUAAUGGUGGCCAAUGCAGGAAUCGCGAUUUACAAGCCAUUCCUGGAGACUUCUCUGGAAGACUGGCAGCGCAUCACGUCGAUCAACCUUCAAGGCGUAGUACUUUGCUACAAGUACGCCGCCCUGCAGAUGGUGAAGCAAGGUCGAGGCGGCAGGAUUAUCGGUGCAUGUUCCAGUGCCGGUAAGAAAGGUUCCGCGAACCUGUCGGCGUACAGCGCCACCAAGUUUGCCAUUCGUGGCGUUACCCAGUCCGCAGCUCUCGAGCUCGGACCACAUAAGAUCACUGUCAAUGCUUACGCACCAGGCUUUAUCCUGACAGAUCUAGCUUAUCAUCCGGAUGAUAAGACGAAUGGCUUACGACCAGGAACAACUAUGAAGAAGCUACUCGGAUACCGCCCAGAUGCACCCGAAGGCGAGCCAGAAGUCGUGGCGAGUGUCGUAUCCUACCUUGCAAAGCCCGAAGCACACUUUGUUACCGGCCAAUCUAUCAAUAUUGAUGGCGGUAUCGUGUUCGAUUGA